CAAAGCAAAAUAAGCUAAACCUCCCUUUCUUUCUUUCUCUCACCCAAUGACCUCCAAAGGUGGUGCAGCGCCAAGCACUUACACUCCCGCUCCCCCUCCCACCUACAAAGCCCAACGUCCUCCAUUCUUCACUGACUCUGACGCCGACUGGACACGUUCCGAUGGCCGUGGUUUCCACCAGUGCCGAUCUGCCUUUUUCCGGACUGGUGCUGUCAACUCUGCUGCAGGAUCUGCUUAUGCUGAGUUUGGAAAUACAAAGGUCAUUGUUUCUGUGUUUGGGCCCAGAGAGAGUAAGAAAGCAAUGAUGUAUAGUGACAAGGGCAGGCUUAAUUGCAAUGUUAGCUAUACCACUUUCGCCACCACUGUUCAUGGACAGGGAUCAGACAACAAAGAGUUUUCCACCAUGCUUCAUAAGGCAUUGGAAGGGGCUGUAAUGCUGGAAACUUUUCCCAAAACAACUGUAGAUGUGUUUGCAUUGGUGUUAGAAUCUGGUGGCAGUGAUCUUCCUGUUGUAAUAUCUUGUGCAAGCCUUGCCUUGGCAGAUGCUGGGAUUAUGAUGUAUGACCUUGUUGCUGGAGUUUCUGUGUCUUGUCUCGGCAGAAACCUCAUCAUUGAUCCAAUUUUGGAAGAGGAAAGUUUUCAAGACGGAAGCCUGAUGAUCACUUGCAUGCCUUCUCAUUACGAGGUCACGCAGCUUACCAUUACAGGGGAAUGGUCAACUGCAAAUCUGAAUGAGGCAAUGCAGCUUUGCUUGGAUGCUUGCUCAAAGCUGGCAAAGAUAAUGAGGUCCUGUUUGGAAGAGGCUGCUUCAGCUUCCAAAGAUUAGAAAGAACCUCCUUGUAGUGAUUUUGCUAGCAUAAUACAGAUCACCUUUUAGCUGUUUUUACCCUCUCUUCCUUUCCCUCUAUAAACAAUAAAUAAUUUCUACAAUUUUGUGAGAACUUUCAAUUUUCCUUGUCAAUGCUCACGUGUCUCUGCAUUUUUCCUUCUUUUCGCAGCUACCAGUAUAUUUCUCUAGCCAGCUUCUUACACUACAAAGCAGACUGCAGAGUGAUGUUGGGUUCCUCUAUGAUAUUCUUUGUUUAUUGAUGGAUUUAUUGCUUUCAGUC